UCAGAAUACUGAAAUGGGAGGAAAUUCCAGUCAGACGACGUCAUCAGCCAAUGUCAAAACCUGCGCCGUGGUUCCCAUAGCAACCAAAACGCCCCCCCUCCUGACAACGCUGCAAUGGCCUCCCUGACAGACGCAGAGAUGGCGGAGAUUGCCAAACUUCAGAGAGAGGAAGGUGUGCAGCGGCUAAGCGGUCACUUCUCGUGGCCUGAGUUCUCUGGGGACGCUGUAUGGCAGAGCGCCUUUCAACAUUUUGUUUACGAGUGUGCCAUGUUCGCCGCCGACCGUGGCCUGGCCUGGAGUGCUGUGAGAGCAGUGGCCGGGAUGACUAGAGACCUGUUCCCUCAGCUAGCUGAUUUGGACCCGCCCAGAGUGCUAGCCCUAAUUUCAGAUUGGCUGAAAGAGUGUUUGCCCCGCCUACCUCCUGCCCACCACAAAGCAGUCUUCCACUUCCUGUCUGACACUUGUGUCACUAGUCAACGACUGCUACAAGCUGUGGUGGGCGGGACCAGUCACCGGUCAAUCAAUCAGAAACACCUGGAGGUUCAUGUGCCCCCAACACCUCUCCCCCUGGCACAGGGUGGUGAUGAGUGUUCUGUCUCUCAGGGUGAUGAUGAGUGUGCGUGGGAGCGCCAGCGUAUGUGUGCCCUGCUACAGGUUGCCAAGCAACAGAAGAGGGAGGAACUCCGGAGGCUCAGAGAGGAGGAAGGGCCACAGGGGUCAGAGGUCAGAAUGGACACAUUAAAUGACAGCAGACUCAACAAAGAGGAGGUGGCAGACCUAGUGCGGUCUACUGUGAGGGCCAGAGGGGAGCUGCUGAUGGGGAGACUGCUGAAGGAGAGCAGCCUGGUGCAUGACCUACUGGAGCUCAGCCUGCAACACACAGCCCUUACCACCGGGGAGAACGCUAUACACCCUGACCACACACACACACACACACACACACACACACACACACACCCUGACCUCACACACACACCCUGACCUCUCACACACACCCUGACCACACACACACACACACACACACACACACACACACACCCUGACCUCACACACACACCCUGACCUCUCACACACACCUUGACCACACACACACACACACACCCUGACCACAUACGCACACACACACACACACACACACACACACACACACACACACACACACACACACACACACACACACACACCCUGACCUCACACACUCCAAUGAUCCCACCUGGGCCAUACACACAGCUAAACCCAAGAGGUGGUGAGAGGAGCAAGAGGCCAUGCUGACACAAAAAUCAGUAAUAAAGUCCACUGAACAAGAAUAUAAACACAACAUGCAACCAUUUCUAAGAUUUUACUGAGUUACAGUUCAUAUAAGAAAAUCAGUCAAUUGAAAUAAAUUCAUUAGAUUAUU